AUGGCUGACCCCCGCGUUGAAGAGAUCCACGACGAGGAGCCCCAGAAGGCGGGCGUUGAGGAUGCCGGCAGCUCUUCUGAGUCCGAGGCUGGCGAGGAGCCCACCAUCCCCGGAGGUGCCGCCGUCACCAUCCACUCUCGUAACGAGAAGAAGGCCAGAAAGGCCAUUGGAAAGCUCGGCCUGAAGCACGUCCCCGGCAUCACUCGUGUCACCCUCCGCCGUCCCAAGAACAUCCUCUUCGUCAUCAACCAGCCCGACGUCUACCGUUCCCCCUCCAGCAACACCUGGAUCAUCUUCGGUGAGGCCAAGAUCGAGGACCUGAACUCCCAGGCCCAGGCCUCCGCUGCCCAGCAGCUGGCUGCCGCUGAGGCCGCCGCCGGUGGUGAGCACGCCGGUCACGACCACGAGCACGACCUCGGCACUGCCAAGGCCCCCGAGACCGAGGCCAAGAAGGACGAGGAGGAGGAUGAUGGAGAGGCUGUUGACGAAUCUGGCCUCGAGGCUAAGGACAUCGAACUGGUUAUGGCCCAGGCUAAUGUGUCACGCAAGAAGGCCGUCAAGGCUCUACGGGAGAACGACAACGAUAUCGUGAACUCGAUCAUGGCUCUCAGCAUAUGA